AUGAGAGCCCUUGUAGGCGCCGACUCAGGCAGCCGUUAUCGCCUCGCCCAAGACGCCCCAAUUCCCGACCCUCCACGCGGCAUGAUGCUUGUCCGCGUUCACUCCGUCGCUUUCAACCCACGCGAUGCCAACAAAAUGGUCGACUACUCCUCCAACGCUGCUGCUCCCGGGUCAACCGGCGGCGGUUGUGACUUCGCCGGCACCGUCGCCGGGCUGGGCGAGGGCGUGACGCGGUUCCAGGUGGGCGACCGCGUCCUCGCGUGCUCCUUCGGCCCAGACGCCACGGACAAGAGCAAAGGAGGUGCCUUUGCCGAGUUCGCGCUGGCCGAGCAAGAUGGCAGCUGCCGCGUGCCCGACGCCAUGGACUUCGCUGAGGCAUGUUCGGUCGGCAUGGGGCUCGCCGCCGUCGGCCAGCUGUCGCUGAUGCACCGCGGCGGCGAGGGCGGCACGAGAGACGACGACAACAACAACACCACUGUGCUCGUUUCCGGCGGCGCGACGCCCACCGGCAUCAUAGCCACACAGCUGCUCAAGAUGGCCGGCUACAUCCCGAUCGUGACCUGCUCGCCCGCCGACAACGCCCUGUGCCGGGAAUACGGUGCCGCCGCGUGCUUCGACAGCCACUCGCCGGCCUGCGGCGCUAACAUCCGCGUUCACACCGACAAUGGCCUCCUUUACGCGCUGGACUGCAUCGCCGAUGACGUCUCCAUGAAGAUGUGCUACGAGGCCAUCGGCUCCGGCUCCGGCUUGUCGUAUUACUUCGGUCUCGAGAAACCCGCUAAUGCCAUCGCCGUCAAGUACACGCGGCGGGACGUGCGGGCCGACUGGACGCUGGCCGACGGCGUUCAAGUGUUGGACGGCGGUUUUGACAACUUACCCGCGGCCUUGGAGGACUUGAAGACGGUGAAGGUGCAUAAUACGAAGAAGCUGAUUGUGCCGCUCAUGGCGUAG